GGAACUUCCAUGGCGGAACCUUUGUCAGAUUUGAGAAACAGGAAACGUACUAAACAUGUGCGGCACGCACGGAGCGGAAGUCGUCUUCUGAAGUCACAUUGAAGACCCAAAGCCCCGGUCACUGGAAUUUAAGGAGCAGUGACCAGCCCACUCAUCCCCCAUGUCUUUAUUCGGUUGAUCAUUCAAAAUGUUUACCUCAAAGGUCGCCCCUUGUUUAAAUCUAUUACGCAGAGCAACAUGUUCACUUCAAGUCCAUGGAGAGAGUUUGAAUAAAUGUGUACAAUGGGCUGCUCCACAUUACUGCUCAUCACUAACACAGAAACAGAGGAACUAUUCAACAGCAGCUGAUAACACGCCUCCUCCUCGAUGGGUCCAGCUUGAGCCUGAACUGGAAGAGGCCCUUGUGCCGCGUAAGAUGUCAGUAAGUCCUCUGGAGAGCUGGCUCUCACUCCGUUACUCUCUUCCUCCUGCGCUGGAAUCGGCUCCACCUCAGGAGGAUGUCGGGCUUGUGGAAGAGAAAGUGCUGCCACCCAUCUCUGCCCCUGUGUUAGAGGAGGGGGAGGGUUCAGUGACGCCCCUUAGUUGUAAGAAUGUUCUGGAAAUCCGACGGCGGAAGAUGAACCGGCAUAAAUACAGAAAGCUCCAAAAAAGGACAAAAUUCUUGCGGAGGAGAGUGAUGGAGAGCAGGGGGAGGAGGAAGCAGAGACGGUUUGAGGAGGACUUAAAGAGGAUUUGGAGGAAAGCUGGACUGAAGAAGGCUCCAGAUGGAUGGAAUACACCUAAGAUCUUCCUGAAGCAGCAUGGAAACAAAAGGGACUGAAAACCACUGACCUUUCUUUGUGUUUGUGUCACAUCUCCUCACACCAGCCUGCUCUGCACAUAUCACACACAUGGCGGUUAAAAGAAACACCACACUUUAAAGUUUUGCAGCUUAACUGCAGUAUGGACACGCGAUGAAGUCUGGUAUCUGUGUGUGUACGAUCAUUUAUAAGAAAGUGUACAUAUUCCAAUAAAGACGUUUCCCUGUCAAACCUAA